GAGCUGUACGACGAAGCGCGGCAAGCCGCUCAUCAACUUCGGGACCUCGCUCAAGUGCCAAGGGUGCAGGCUCCACAAGAAGGACGUGUACGGCGGGCCUGUGCCGCCGAAGGAGCCCUCGAUGCGGGCCCCAGCCAAGGGCAAGAAGCGGGCCCCGUGGACGGCCGAGGGCAAGCUCGAGGGCGAGCUCGCGGCCAUGCGGGCGGAGCUCGACGCUGCCAGGAAGAAGCUUCGUACGCAGGAGUCCGACCAGGGCGGGGCCGCGGCCAUGCACGUGGACGACGGCAAGUCAGGCGAGGACGCCUCGGCUGCGAGCGAGAUCAAGGUGUGCGAGGCAGGCCUGGCCACGCUCAAGGACGUGCAGCACGACUGGGCCACGGGCCCGCGGGAGGAUCUCAAGCGCAGGCUCGCCGCCGCCAAGGACAGGCUCUUCGCCGCCAAGCCGCUCCACGCGCGGGUGCAGGCGCUGGCCCACAGGCAGAAGAAUCUGGCGGACAAACUCAGCAAGAUGGAGCUGGCCGAGCGCGAGGCGGAGGACCGUGUCAAGAAGGCGCAAGACGAGCUGGAGCUCAAGCGGCAUGGUGUCAGAGAGCUCAAGGCGCAGCAGGUGGCCCUCCAGGCGGAGCAGUCGGCACUCCAGCAGCAGGUCCCAGUCGCGCCAGAGGAUCGUCCGCCUGGGCAGUCCAUGGAGCACGACGUCAUCAAGAACACGGGCGGCCUCACCCUCGGCGACCUGGCGCAGGCUCUCAGCGGUGCGCUGGCCGCUCACCCCGACGACACCAUGCAGACCGCGGGCGAUUUGCCGCAGCGGCUGGCCUCGGCGCUCGGCGGGCCCCUCCAGGAGCUCAUGCUGCGGCGGCAGCGCGAGCGGGCCGCCGCCACGGAGGCAGCGAGCGCCCCUCGCACCCCUGCAGCGUCCGUCGAGGGAGACGACGCCGCCGCCGCCGCGCAUGGCGCAGGCACUGCAGGCGGCGCCGCCCCUGCAGCCGCAGCGCCGCGCUGGGAUCCCGCCGCGAUGGAGCCCGAGAAGCUGCGGCAGACCAUGGCGGAGUUCUCGCCAGGGCCAGCAGAGGAGACCAGCGACGCCAUGCUGGCGCGCGCCACGGAGCUGGCCGUCAGGGGCACUAUCACUACCAGCAACGUGACUUCCUGGGGUUCAUUGGCGCCGUGCCUAGAGACCCUCGAGUCGCACGUCGUUCUCGUCCAGGAGCAUCACCGACGGGACGAGGCGAAGCUCGCCGACCUGCAGCACGAGGUGCUGGAUCACGGGUUCGCGGGCAUCUGGGCGCCAGCAGUGGCAGGCCCCACCUCCGCGGAGGGCACUACGGGCGGCGUCGCGGUCUUGGCCCGCAAGAACAUCCCCGUCACGGCCCCGCCGCUGCUGCCCUCGGCGACACUGUGGCCAGGGCGACUGGUGGCCGCCCACGUGCACUGGGGAGUCCGUGGCGGCAUUGUCUUCGUGUCGGCCUACCUGGUCGACAGCGUUGGCAUGAACGACGUGAACCGAAGCAUCUUCGGCGCGCUCACUCGCUACCUCACGAAGCUCACGGCCUCGGGCAUCGAUUGGAUCGUCGGCGGCGACUUCAAUGGGCCUCCCAGCUGCCUGCCCCUGGCGCAGUUGGAAAAGGCGGGGGGCCUCUGGCUAGCGCCGUCGGCCGACACCUGCCGCCCACAGGCGGGCAGCGGCUCGGUGCUGGACUACUUUCUGGUCGGUGCAAACCUGGCCAGCCGCAUCUCGGCUCCGAGAGUGGAUGAGUUGGGCAUCACCUCCCCGCACCUCCCUGUCAACAUGGAGCUGCGUGCCGCCGACCUGGACAUGCGCGCGAGGAUCCCGAUCGCCCCCAGGGCGAUUCCAGCGGUGCCGCCCAUCGGCUGCAGCCGCGGCGUCGAGGACUGGGCGCCCACUUUGGCCCAGGUGCGCGCCACAGCCAGCGCCGAGGAGCUGCCAGCAGCCUGGGACGCCGUCGUCAGCACCUUGGAGCAGGAGCUGUUGGACCGCUACGACCAGGUUGGCGAAGCGCGCAGGCGGUUCGAAGGACGUGCGGGGCCCAUUGCGACCAAGCUGGCGCCAGUCAAGUGGAAGCCGCAAGGGCAGCGUGUCCGAUUGGGGCCUGAUGUCAUCGCGGCCAAGGUCGCGGGCCGAUGGGCGCGUCACUUCAUGGGGGUCAGCGCGUUCCUCGCGAAGGCCAGCAGGAGGCUGCAAACCGCCAGCCUGCAGUGCUCCCUUGUCCCUGAGCAGUACCACGAGCUGGCGGACUUCGUCGCGAGGGCUUUGGAGUAUGGGCGCGUGGUUAUGGACAGCAAGAAGACGCUGGCACUGCUCCCGCAUUGGGUGAGGUCCUUCUUCGAGCAGGGCUUUCGCGUGAUCGGCAACACCGACUUCCUGGAGCAGGCGGGCCGCAUCGUCCAGUUCGCCAAGGACGCCCACGCGGACGCGCUCAAGGUCAGGCAGCAGAGCUGGAUCCAGUGGGCCAACGACAGCCUGCGGAACGGCGCUGGCAAGGCGCACCGCUUCACCAAGCUGCGGGCGAUGCAGGAGGUGCUGGCGCAAUGGCAGGGCACCCGCACCGAGCUCACCACUGGACGGCUCGCCCAGACCUUCGUCCCGCAGCAGCAGGUCGCCAGCCAGCACCUGAUCUGCGACCGGGAGAUGAAGGCCUGGGAGGACGUCUGGUCGUGCCACAAGCUCGAGGCGCUGGAAAGGCCAGCUGACUUCGACGAAUGGGACGACCUCGAAGACCUCACCGUGGAGGCGCUGCAGCGGGCCGCCUGCAGCUUCCCCACCACCACGGCGCUCGGCCCAGCGCAGAUCGGCAUGCGCGCGCUCACCUUUCUCACGGACGACGGCGUUUACACCUGCGGCCAGCUCUUCAUGAAGUGCGAGGCGCUGGGGGCUUGGCCCAGCGAAAGGCUGUGGCACGCUAUGUGCCGCAUCCCCAAGGCCUCUGGCGGCUGCAGGCUGAUCACGCUGAUGCACUCGCUAAUCCGAUGGUGGUCGAGGGCUCGUGCCUCGACGUCCAAGGCGUGGCUGACGGCGCACCCCAAUGCCAGCAUUUGGGGCAUGGGCGGCGGCAGAUCUUCCUCCGACUCCGCCUUCGACCUCAACCUUGAGACGGAGGUAUCGGACUGCCUGGACGAGCACGUCGUAAUCGUCAUGCUGGACGCCUGGAAGUUCUUUGAGACGAUUAAGCCCGAGUGGCUACUCAUCGAGGCGCGGCUGCUGGGCAUGCCGCUGCGGUUGGUCUGGAUGUUGAUUGAGCUAUACAGGCAGCCGAGGCGGCUGCAAGCUUUCGGCUCGGUGUCCUACGCGGUCGUGUCACAUCAGGGCGUGCUCGCAGGAUGCACUCACGCCUGUGCCAUGGUCACCUUGCUCAUGUUCAGGCUGCUCGAGCAGGUGCGAGAUGCAGGCGUCACCCCGAGGGCCCUCAUCGACGACGUCACCUUGCAGUGGCGCGGGAGGUUCCGCGAGGGCGCCCAGGAGCGAGGCAUUGUCGUGCAGCCCACCAAGUCGGGCUACUUGGUCUCAUCGGACGCGGCUGCUCGCGAGUGUGCCCGACACGCGGCGGCCCGCAAGCUGACCAAGAUGCGCUGGGCCCGCAACCUGGGGCACGAUCUGGGCGGGCGCAGAAUCGCUAGGCUCCAGACGGCAAAGCGGGUGCGGCAGCUCAAGGAGCGGCGCGGCAAGUUGGCAGCUUUCAAAGGGGAUACGGCGAUCAACCUCCUCACCACGUGCCCGAAGGACGUCAGGAUGCAUCUGACCGGCGGCGUGCAACGCUGGCAGGCGAGGCAGAUCGCGGCGCACCACCGCCAGCACGGCGAGGUCAAGCCUUGGGUGCGGGCCAUGCGGCUCUGCGUGGGCGACGGGCGCGCGGCGUUGGCGGAGGGCCCGUCGGCCACCAGCCUGCGUCACCACUGGGCGACGGUGGCCUGGACGCAACAGGCCCAGCACGACCUUGGGCUGGCGGCGGCGCCGAAUUGCAGGGCCUGCGGACAUCCGUCCGACUCGCCUGGGCACAGAUUUUUCGGCUGCGAGGUACUCGUGCAGCCGCUCACAGAGGAGGAGCAGGACGAGCAGCUGCCGCCCGAGCCGAUGCAGGCCAUCCGCACCUUCAUGUGCGACAAAGGCCUGCAGGAGGGCGGCAGCUUCGAGAGCGCCGACUUCCAAAUGUGCUUGCCCUGCAUGCCGCCAUUCGUGCCGCCCGCCGCGGAGCAGGCCGAGGUGAAGUUCUGGGGCUGCUGGCCUAGCCAAGGGGCGGACACGGCUUCCUGCAGCAACGCCGUCUUCACCGAUGGCUCAGCGCGGCCUGAAGUGAGAUGGAUCCCCGCGCAUCAGGACAUGGAUGCGUACUUGGACCGAGGCCUCCACCCGCUGCUGUACUCUGGCAACAUGUGGGCCGACUGGUUCGCUCGGCAAGGAGCCAUGCAGCACACCGUGUCGAAGGUGUACGAGGAGUUCUACAACAUCGAGCUGCAACACUACAAGAGCCUGGCAAAGUACGUCGGCUGGGCGAUGCAGAGGACGAUGCACGCAGGCCGCUGGGAUGCGCCCGAGCAGACAGCCCGCCCGCCAAAGGUGCCCAAGGUGCAGGCGGCGACUGUGAUCAGCCACUCCCUGGUUCGCCUGAACGGGACGGCGGUGGUGCUGUGCCGCGCUUGCUGCAGGCAGACCAGCGGGCAGACGGGGCCCACAUGGACGCAGUUCGCGCGUUCAGCUUGCGAGGCCAGCCAGUACACCGCGCUGCGGGCCGAGGCCAUCAUCGCGCACGUCGGCGCGCAGCCCAUUGUGGUCUCGGAGGCGGGCGAGUUCGCUAUGCAGGCGAUCGAGCGCGCGGCGUGCCCCGAAGAUGCGGGGCCCAGGCCAGCCGAGCCUGCCCCCUGGGGCUCAGGGGACGGCACCAUCGAGAUGCAGGGGCACAGGCUGAGGCGCGCAGGGCCCACCAUCUACUGCGAGGUAUGCGUGGCGUGGGCGGCGACAGGCUCCUCACUGGCCCUGGCUGCGCCCUGCGCUGGCCCGCCCAGCGCCGAGGGCAAGAACCAGCGCACCUACCUGUCCAACCUCAGGGCGCGGCUCAAGAAGCUCAGCCAAGGGCUGCACCCCAAGACAGGAAAGGUGCUCACUUGGGGAGGUGCAGGCGAGGCUCCAGACGGCCCCAGAACAUGGGCCACAGCGGCGGCCAGCGCGGCCGCGGGCGACAUGGCCUCUGGGGGCGACGGCGCUGCAGAGCGGCCAAGCGGCAGGCACGCGCAGAAGGAACAGGGCGAGGCGACCAGGCCUGGCCAGGACCACGAGACGCGCGAGGUGCCUGCAGGGGCUGGAGGUUCCGACGCAGUCCAGACCAAGAAGCCUGCUUGGCGGGUGCGACGGCAGGAGCUCCUGGAACGGAUGCAGCGAAGGCAGCAGCAUCUGCUAGCCGAGCGUGGUCCAGCAGCCGCCAGCGGCGCGCAGCGUGAUGAGGGAGACAUGGCCGACGGCAGCUUGCCCUCGGCCUAUGGAGCGCACCAAUGCCCCGACGGGGGCACCACUGGACUGGUGACGCUCCAGCCGCCGCCAGCUGCCCCAGACGUGGGGGUGGUCGAUGCCUGUCUGGCGGCGGGGCCGUCGCGGCUGCCUGCGCCCUUGAGGUGUGACCUGGCACACGAGGUGACGCUGACCACGGACCACCAGGAGGGCGCCGUGACCAGCCCUCAGGACAUGAGCAGCCCGCCGCAGCCGUUCUCGACUACCGAUAUGGCCAGCACCAGGGGUGGCAGGGGACCUGCAAAGUGCGGUCGCGAAUGCGGCCCCGCCCUGAGUGCUGGCAGGUCUGACAACUCGCAGCGGGCGCUGCCAGGCAUGGCCAGUGACAAGGGUGGCAGGAGGCCUGCAAGCCGCGACCCUGAGUGCGGCCCCACCUUGGGCACUGGCGGCGACGGCAGCCAGGCCCACCGCGUGCGGCGACGAUUUACGGCCUGGGCCAGGGGUGGCAGGGGACCUGCAAUGUGCGUGCGUGAGUGCGGCCCCGCCCUGAGCCCAGGAUGCGACGAGGACCGCGACGGCAAGGGCAUGGCCAGCGCCAGGGGAAGCGACGCGGACCGCGACGGCAUGUGCAUGGCCAGCACCAGGGGUGGCAGGGGACCUGCAAGUGCCGACCGUGUGUGCGGCCCCGCCCUGAGUGCUGGCAGAGUUGCGGUGGCUCGGCCUGAGCCAGCGCAGCCGAGGCGCAGCGUCGCGCCCAGGCUUGAGCUGCAGGUCGCUGGAUGGGCGCGGUACUGGACCCAGGCUCCCGAGGUCGGCGAGACGAUGGAGUGCCACAGCGAGUGGCUCGACCACUGCGUCGGCUACGUCACGCAGAUCCUGUCCCAGCCGCGCUUCGCCACCAGGCUGCGGGCGCGUGGGAGGACGGCCGAGGAGAUGGCCGAGGAGAUCUGCGAGCGGGCCUGGGGGACUGGCAUGCCCGCGAGGCGGGCCUACUACAGGUGGCGCCACACGCUGACGCGGUCGCAGAGGAUCGUGUCGGACUGCAUGCGGCGCUACGACUACGUGUGCCUGCGGACGUGGCUGGCCGAGCUGCG